AUGUUUGAUCUUACAAAUAUCUUUAACAACAAUGUUGAAAUAAUGGUUCAAAUCAUAAACGAAACUCCUACGAAGCAUUUCAAACUAGGUUUAAAUCUAACGGAUAAUUUAUCCAUUAUUCGUAAAGAACUCAAAGAAAAAGGUAUCAUUAAUGAUACAAUGUUCUUUUCAAAGAAAAUUGCUGAAUCCGAAUAUUCUGGAAUACCACUUGAAAAUGAAGAAAAUUCUCUUCUAAAUGAUGUUAUAGAAGGAAAUAAUAAGACUCUAUAUUUAAUGAAAAAUUCGAAUCAAGACUGGGAAUUUCUCAACGAAACCCAUCAUUUAGAUUAUGGAUGUACCAUGACUUUUGAUGGAAUUAAGAAAGGCUAUCGAAAAGCAUUUAUAAUGAAAGAUUGUAAAAUGACCGAAAUUGGUGCCGAGGGAUGUCGAAAAGGAAAAAUUGAAUUUAAUUCAAGUAAAGAUCGAAUGAUGAUGAAGAAUUUAUUCUUUAUGAACGAUACUAAUGUAGAGAGUUUUAUAAAUCUGGGAAUAACUGAUGAAAAGUUACGAAAUAGUAAUAUUGAAUCUGAAACAUAUGCAGAGUAUGGAAAGGUGUCACUAAAAUUCAGAGAGUAUUUAGAACCAACUGAGGAUUUUAUCAGCGCGAUAGAAGAUGCCAGCAAAUCUGGAGACCCAGCGAAAUUUAAGAAAAUUACCGAGGAAUUUGGUCAAUUCAUUCCGACUGAAGUUACUUUAGGCGGGAGAGCAUAUUUUGAAGAAAACAAUACUAGAUGCGCAAGGUUAAGUGAAACAUCAAACGAUUCCAGUGGUUAUUGUAUAAACAUUAUAAGUUUAAUUGGAGGGCAGCAACCUGAUAGAUUUGAAGAAUUUGACGAAAAAUCUUGGGUUAAAUCUUUAACAGAUUACAAAAAUUGGGCUUGCAUAGAAUUCCGAAACCCCAUCAGUAUCUUUCAACUCUUACCUGACUAUUUACGUAGAAAAAACACUUAUUCUCUUGGAAAAAGAAUUCAUUACUCAAAGAUUGAAAAUUUUAAUUAUAGUUUAAAGGAAUUCGGAAGACCUGUGGUUUUUGAAUUAAAUAUACCGACAAAUAUCUCAAAGAUUCUUCGAGACAAAGAAGCCGAUUGUAACAUUUUUGCAACAGUUGCUGACGUUGAGAAAUCCAAAAAUGAAUUCUUUCAUUGUCAAAUCCUUUACCCAACAAAUGGAAAACCAAGCAUUACAAUACAUUGUAUUCAGAAAAAUUUCAGAAAGCGACUAUGUAAAUUGAAAAUUGGAUGGAUGGUCAUUGGUUAUAAUACGGAUCUAAAUUUCCUUACGGAUUUUGAUGUUCAAUUGAAAAUAAUUGAAAAAGAUUUUAGUGCGUCAAAUAAUCAAACUAUGAUGUUUGAUACAGAAUUUUCUUACGAUUCAAAUGUUAAUCCUCCUUGCUUAGGAAUCCCUGUAUUAAAUAAAUUAGAUUCUUCUAAUGAAUCUUUAAUUAUAGGUCAUCAUUUUUUUAAUAAUCAAACGAAAAAAGAAAUUGGCUUAUGUACAUUUUCUUAUUGUUUAAAAAACAAACGUUAUGUAAAUUUACCCAACUUUACUUUUUAUACACUUAUCAUUUCAAAUUAUUCUAAACCUAACGCUUUUGGCACAAUCCCUUUUGAACAUUCACUUUUUAAAAAGCCAUAUAUUAAUCAUAACAACAAACCUGAUGUGAGAUUUAUUAGCUUAUAUUCUACAAAGAAAUCAAGCGGUCCAGCUUUUUUAAAACAGGACUCCAAAAAAAUUUCAAUUAAAUAUAUUAAUUGCAACUGUAAAACCUGUUCUAUUUGUAAGAGAGAUAAAAAAUUAAAAAGGUCAGAAAAUAAUAUAGAAUGUGCAUUCUUUAAUCCGUAA